AUGACUAUACCUAGUCAGGAAAUCUCACAGGAACUAGUGCCUGAUCCAUUUGGGAGAAGUUCGACAAUCCUACGAUCUUCUUCGAAAUCAACGUCGUUGAAGGCUGCAAAUCAGGGACGCUUCCGAAAAGUUAAUAAAUGCGGAAGUGCACGGAAUCAGAAUACAAACAGCGGGGUUGAGCCGAACAUAUCAUGGUAUAAAACCCACCACCCUAAUCACUGCUUCAACAGUAAGGAGUCAAUCAUGUUCCAAUCACUUUGGAUUCGUUUGAAUGUAUUUCUUAAUAAACUUCAACUGCAUCAUAAUGGAAAGCAUACAUCCUUGGAGCUUGCAGUGAAGGGUCUGCGAUAUCUUGGAAUAUGGUGUAUGGAUAGAACUAGGGAAAAUUCGUCUUACAAAAUAUACAAUAAAGUUAUCUUAGCGGUGACAAAUAUCUUUGUAAUUACGGCAACUUGCGAUCUAUGUGGAUCAAUAUCAGAUUACGAAAAUUUUCUGGAUGGAGCUUGUAUUCUCACUGCGUUUUACAUGAUUCUUUACAAAAGGAUUGAGUUCCAUGUGAAACAAAGUGAAAUUGAGAAAAUAAUAAAUAUUCUUCAUAAACGGGCCCAGUUUAUAUUUAUAAGUGCAAAUGAAAGGAACAGAAAAAAGUAUUGCGAAUAUUUACAAGAAGAAUACGCAUUAAUUAUUUUACUUGGAAUCAUUGCUUUUACUCUAUCUAGUGCCUUCACCUUUCAGCCACUCCUGUCACAUUCUUCCGCACUGCCGUUCCGUGCAAAAUAUCCAUUUUCAACGGAAGCUGGAUCAUAUGCCUACAUUUUUAUCUACCUAUAUCAGAGUGUGUGUUGUUUUAUUUUAAUCUUCCAAAUUUAUUACAUGGAUACGAGUACGAUAAUAAUGGUGAACCAAGCCUGUCUAUAUUUGGAAUAUGUAUGCGAUAGCUUCAGAAAUCUUGGAGCGCAAGGACACACACACUCAAAAAUCAAGGAUGUACUUGGCAGAAUUGUGCAUGAACAUCAAAGGAUAAUUUCCCUCAUUAACUACAUAAAUGAAGCUUUCCACCAUAUGCUAGUUGUCCAGGUCAUUUCCAGCACAUCGCUCUUAUGUUUGACGGGCUAUGAAGUAACAGUAACGAACGAAAAAUCGUCACAUUUCAAGUAUAUUUUCUACAUGUUUUCUGCAUUAUUACAAAUAUUCUUUUGGUGUUUCUACGGAAAUCGAAUCAGCCAUCAGUCAAGUAAAGUAGCUGAGGCGGCUUAUAACUGCAUGUGGAUAGGGUGUCCGAAAGGAUUCAUAAAUGAUCUGCAGUUCAUCAUUAUGAGAGGUCAGAAACCACUGGCGAUCAGUGCUUACCCAUUUUAUGACUUCGAUUUUGAAUCAUUCAUCAAGAUUUUGAGUGCAUCCUGCUCAUACUUUACCCUGAUACGCACUUUGAACCAAUAAAGGAACAAAGGACCUUGCAGCAUACAAAGUCACGACAAAUUGUAAAAAUAUUACAUAACUAUAAAGUAACCAUG